GCACCGGCAGCCCUCGCGGGGCCGGCGGCGGAGGCCGCCCCGCUGCGCGGGGCGCGGCCGCGGGCGGCGGCCGCCGGCUCCGGCCUCGAGGGGGCGCCCGCCACGCCCGUCGAGAGGGAGGCGCUGGCCGCCUUCCGGACGCGCUACCCCGCCCAGCCCCUCGUCUUCGAGCUGCUGGCGCAGCAGCCGGCCGACGUCCAGGCUGCUGUGCUCUCCGACUUCCGCCCGCGCCCGGAGGGCCUGGCCGACUACACGGAGCUGCUGGAGUACUUCAUCAGCUGGUGGGCCUCUUUUCCACCACCGCAUAGGAGUGCGGCCAAGCGGCAGCCCGCGCCCGCGCUGGUGCGGAGCCACCAGGUGGCGCCCGCGGCGUCGACGGAGGAGGAUCAACUUGCCGCUUUCCGCGAGCGCUACCCUGUCGACGGCACCGCAUUCGAUCUCUUGGCGAAGCAGCCGGUCGACGUCAAAUCCAUGGUGAUAUCCAAGUUCUAUCCGCCGAAUGUCAUGUCUGACUAUUCGACAAUGCUGACGAAGUGCGUCCAAGCCAUCACGAAAGCUUCACGGGGGUCGCUCCAGGUCGCGACGUUUUCGACGGGCUGCUUCUGGAAGUCGCAGCAGCUGUUUGAUGCGGUGAGCGGGGUCGUCAACACCACGGUGGGCUACACAGGCGGUAACACGAAGAGGGAGCCCACGCAUGAGAGCGUGCAGCUAGGGGACGGGCAUUCCGAAGCAAUACGCGUAGAGUUCGACCCCGAGUUGAUCACCUACGAUGCGCUUCUUAUUCACUUUGACCGUAUUCGUCGCCUCACGCCAGCGCCGGUGGGUUUGGCGUCUGCUGGAAGGGCGAUCUACCAUACUACGGCUCGGGAGUCUGGUACCACGACUCAGCACCACUCGGCAGUCUGGUAUCACAACGAGAAGCAGGCGGAGGUUCUGCGGGAACAUUGCAAGCAAACCGACCCCGAUUUCCACGUCGCGCGCAUGACAAGGUGGCACGACGCGGAGGAUUACCAUCAGAAGUUCUACCAGAAGGGUUGCAGCGUGCAGUAACGCGCAGUUUGACUUAGUCCCUUCUCUCCCCCCCACAUCCCCGAUCCUGUCUCCCCCACGCCUCGCUUUCCUCCCGCCUCCCCCCCGGACGGGGCAGCGCGGAGUCCGAAGGCGGACGCCCUCGGAGCCGUGUCAGAGCGCGGCGCCUCCCCUGCGCCCAGGGCAUCGGCAUUCGCUCCUUGGCCGCCUCCGCGCUUGUCUGCCUCGUCUCGUGGCGCUUCUUCCGUGCAUGGCCUAUGCUCUGCGUCCCAUUACUUGUGAGCGCGAGGGCGGCACACUAGGAUCAUUCGUAGUAUUCCUGCCCGGCUUCUCGUCAUCUUCGUAUCCAUUCUUCUUC